GUUCUUCUGACAUUUUUUAUAGGGAUGGUAUCAUGAUGUGCAAAACACAAAACACUCCGUACUCAAUAUUUAAGUGUGAAUUGUGGAAAAAUUACUGAAUAAUUCUUAUGAAAGUGAAGUGAAUUGUGUUCUCAAGAGAUUAAAGAGAUGGGAUCAAAGUUUAGCGAUGUUGAUGAGUACGGUUUCCAGCGACCAGAAGAUUUUGAUUACAGUAAUUAUGAGGAGAUUAUGUCAGAGUAUCUUAAGGUGUUGGCCAAGAGGCAGAUGCAAUGGGAGAAGUAUAUGCGAUCUCAUGGAAUUUCGGUGAUGAACAGGGCUCUCAAGAGGUACAUCCGGAAGGGAGUUCCAGCGCAUUUGCGUAAACUCGUGUGGCUAAGGACUUCAGGAGCCACUGCAGCCAUGGCCUCGGAUCCAGCUUUAUAUCGGAAUCUCCUGUUUCAGAAGCACGAUGAAGAAAUUGUGGACAUGAUUAAGAUUGACCUACCGCGCACCUUUCCCAAUAACAUCUUCUUUCCGGACAUUCAGAAUCAGCUUUUUAACAUUCUCGUGGCGUAUGCCCAUUUGAACAAAGAUGUUGGCUAUUGCCAGGGACUGAACUACAUUGCUGGACUUCUGCUAAUUGUUACCAAAGAUGAAGAGGGCACCUUCUGGCUUCUUCGGCAUAUCGUUGAGCGCAUUGCGCCAAAUUACCACACAAAGUCCAUGAGUGGCCUUAUCACUGACAUUGCUGUACUGAAUGAAUUGCUAAAAGUCCGCGUACCUGAUGUUCAUGCACAUAUUAAUAACCUGGGGCUUCCGUGGGCUGUGAUUGUUACCAAAUGGUUCAUUUGUCUCUUCGCCGAAGUGCUUCCAACUGAAACUGUCCUCCGGAUUUGGGACUGCCUCUUCUCAGAAGGAUAUAAGAUUUUAUUUCGUGUCAGCAUAACAUUAAUACUGCGCCAUCGAGAUACUUUAAUGGCAACAGAAGACAUUUCGCAGCUGGCAAAUGUUUUUAGAGAAAUGCUACAAAGUCCAAUGGUAACAAAUUGUCACGAAUUUAUGAACAGUAUAUUUACCAUUCCGGGCAACAUAAGGCGUCGUGAUAUCGAAUCUCUACGGACUCAGGUUAUUAUUUAGAUGUGACACAGAGUGUCAUAUGUUAAUCCCAUCAAAUGCUCGCGACAGUAUGUCCAGAAAUUGAUUUUAGUCUUUCCAACAGGUGCAAUAAAUAUUUAUGAAACUAAAUGGACGAGACAUGCAAUUCGCAGCUAUCAAAGCAGUUUGUAUAAUAGAAGAGACAACAAAGUUUUUACUCUAAAGCUCAGUAAAGUAUUAUAACUUGUAGGACAGAUGUAUCCAAUCUCUUGAUAAUAGCAAGUCCUGCACUCAUUCAACUAGGUCAAAUGAAGUAUUUGCCCUUCCAAAAGGUAAUAAAAAAAAGUAUACUAAGUGCAGAUUAUUUAUGCAAUUAUAACAUUUUUAAUUGAAUAAACUCCUGAAUAAGAAAAGAAUGUUAAA